UAUUGUCAACAACUAGAAGCUAAAAAGCAUUGAAUCAAUAGUCUUAAUUUGCUUGCAUGGCUAUCAAUAUCAUGGUUACAUUAUUCUUGAGUUUAAUUCUCUUGUUUUCAAUAGUUUCAACAGGGAAUUCACUUAGUUACAACUACUAUGAAAAGACAUGCCCUGAUGUAGAGUUUAUUGUUGCCAAGACAGUUAAAGCUGCCACUGCUUCAGACAAAACUGUCCCUGCAGCGCUUCUCCGAAUGCACUUCCAUGACUGCUUCAUUCGGGGAUGUGAUGCAUCAGUGCUGCUAAACUCAAAAGGAAGCAACAAAGCAGAAAAAGAUGGACCACCAAAUGCAUCUUUGCAUGCAUUCUUUAUCAUUGAUAAUGCAAAGAAAGCAUUAGAAGCUGCUUGCCCUGGUGUAGUCUCUUGUGCUGAUAUCUUAGCUUUUGCAGCAAGGGAUGCUGUAUUUCUGUCUGGAGGUCCAAGUUGGGAUAUUCCUAAAGGAAGAAAGGAUGGAAGAAUAUCCAAGGCCAGUGAAACCAUACAGUUACCGUCACCAUCUUUUAACAUAUCACAACUACAGAAGAGCUUCUCUCAAAGAGGUCUGUCGAUGGAAGACUUGGUAGCUUUGUCAGGAGGACAUACCUUAGGAUUCUCUCACUGCUCAUCCUUCAGAAACAGAAUCCAUAAUUUUGAUGCUACACAUGAUGUGGACCCUUCAUUAAAUCCAUCAUUUGCAUCAAAGCUAAAAUCGAUUUGUCCAAUAAUAAAUCAAGUAAAGAAUGCAGGCACCACAUUGGAUGCUUCUUCAACUACAUUUGAUAAUACAUAUUACAAGUUGAUCCUCCAAAGGAAGGGCAUAUUUUCUUCUGAUCAAGUUCUUAUUGAUACUCCAUAUACCAAAGAUCUUGUUUCUAAGUUUGCUACCUCACAAGAUGAAUUUUACAAGGCUUUUGUGAAGUCAAUGGUCAAAAUGAGUAGCAUCAAUGGUGGUCAAGAGAUUAGGAAGGACUGCAGGGUGGUUAAUUAGGGAGUUUUUCUUGGUUUAAUUCUAGUUUAACUAUGAUAUUCUUUUUAGUUUCUACAUUCUCUCUUUGGCAAGUUCAAUAAGCAAGAUAGUUUGUAUUGUUUGACUUAUUUUCCUUCACCAAAGUAGACGUGUUAGCAAAAUGAGUUUAUCUCAAUUGUCUAUGUAACAAGUUUUUUUUAGAAGCUAUUUCAAAUAACUUUUGUUUAUAUGAAACAUAUGAAGUAACAAAUAAGUAUA